CAGAAUUAAUGCCUGCCACCACACGCCCUUUUUCUCCACGGUACCCAUGGAAAAAUGAGGCGGAAAGGCUCCUCAUUUGAUAUUACCGUGAGAUCUCGGAAUGGUGCCGAAAUCGUCGCCGCCGGUUCCGUUUCAGAAUUGCCCCACAUAAAAUAGUAUGUGAAUCCAGAAAGGUACUAGUGUUUUUAGGGUUCAGCACGUGAUCGGCAAAUCAUAUGAUUUGCCGCUCACGUGUAUAUGAGCCUGAGGUAUCAAAAUAUUUCGACACCUGAGGCUACAAGGCUGCCAUUGCAAGGCUUAGUUGGCGACACGCCAGAAAACGUGACCUUGAACGUCAAAGCCAAGCUUCGCGACCGUGACACGCCAAAUAUUCCAAGUAUAGCACCGGAAGCUACUCGUUCCAAUCCCAAGCUACCAGCAAUUGUCCCUCGCGUUUGCGCCGUCCGCAAAUAUGGGUAGACGACCAGGCAGAGCGGCAGCUAAGCAAGCUGCCGUCGCCCUCAAGAACACACCCCAGACCAUUGAAGACCCGGAAGACGAGACCAUGGCGGACGUCCCUACCUCCGACCCCGUAUCCCCCCGCGACAACGACGACGACGACGACCCCGACGCAGAGGACGACGGCACCCCAGCGCCCCAGGACUCAGAACCCCCCUCCGAAGCAGCCACGCCGCAACCCGAGCCCGAACCCGUGCCGCGCAAGCGCCGCCUCGGGCGCCCUCCCAAGAUAAAGCCGCCGGGAUGGGACACCCCCGACGAUGACGGCGCACCUGCCAGUACCCCCGCCAAGCGCGGGCGCGGACGCGGUGGAUUCGGUCGUGGAGGUGGACGCUGGGCGAGGAGGGGAGGGCCGUCGCAUGUCACGCAGCAGCCGAUUGAUAAGGAGGGGAACAUGAUGAAUGUCGAGAAUGACGAGGUGUCGCUCCCAGAGGACGCAGAGGGUGAGACGAAGGUGGAUAAGAUGGGUCAUCUACAGGGCGAUCGCGAGUACAGGUGCCGCACAUUCACGGUGUUAGGGCGCGGACAGCGCUUAUACAUGUUAUCGACCGAACCCGCGCGCUGCGUGGGUUUCCGCGACAGUUACCUCUUCUUCACGAAGCAUAAGCGGUUGUAUAAGAUUAUCAUCGACGACGACGAGAAGCGCGACCUGAUUGACCGCGAACUGAUCCCGCAUUCGUAUAAAGGCCGCGCUAUCGGUAUCGUCACCGCGCGCUCUGUGUUCCGCGAGUUCGGCGCCCAGAUCAUCGUUGGUGGAAAGCGCGUUUAUGAUGACUAUGAGGUCACUAAGGCGAGGGCUGAGAACGUUGUGGCGGGCGAACUCGCGGACCCGAAUGAUGUCUUCAAAAUCGGCGAGCCGUACAAUAAGAACCAGUACGUCGCCUGGCACGGCGCAAGCUCCGUGUACCACUCCGGCGCCCCGACGGUGCCUCUUCAGGCUGGAAAGGCUGCAGAGUCCAAGAAGCGCCGCGUCAUGGUUAACGACACGAAUUGGAUGCUCGAGCACGCGCUUGAGGCUAGCCGCUUCAACUCCGCCCUCGCCGCCACCCGCCGCCGCAACCUAUCGGGCGUCUACGACCCACACACAAACACCAUGCAAUACCCGCAAAUCAUGCAACCCACCCACGCGCGCUGGGAGCCCGUCGGCCCUCUUGACGCCGCAACAGCAGGCAUGCAAGCCAUCACUGUCUCCACUUCCACCCCACCCUCUCCCUCUGCCGCCGACACCAUCUUCCCUCCUGUCCCCCCACAACUAUCGCGGAACUUCCUAAUCGUCGACACCGUCUACGAGAACGCGUCGCACUCGCACCUUGGUAUACCCGGACCGGAUGGAGGGGAUAUGGAUCUUGGGUUUAAGGGGCUGGAGGGUGUGGGAGAGGAUGUCAAGGAGUUGCUCCCCGCGGAGUGUAGGGAGGCGUUUGAGAGGGCGUUGGGGAGGGAGAGGGUGUGGAAGGGGGGGUGGGGGACGGAGGUGGAGGAUGGGAGGAGGGGGAGGUUGGUUAUUGAUAAGGGUGUUAUUUUGUGAGGGGGUGCGGGGGGUUCCUGUGUUGGUGCGGGCGCAUGGGCGGUGAUGGGAUGGGGUGUUUUUGGCGUUUGAUUGUGGGUGUGGUGUGGUGGCCUGCUGGUGGGUUUUUUGGGCUGAGAGGGGAUAUUGAACUCAGCUUUACUGCACCUUUUGGGGGGUGGAGAUGGGGUUAUAAUGUAGGAAUAUAUAUUACGUCGUCUGCUCUACUCCUCUUGUCAAGCCUACGGGCCCGCCCUUGCUUACCCGCACAGUAUUGAAGGCCGGAUAUAGAUAACCAAUCCCCUUCUCCAUAACCCCUUUCCUUUGCUUCUUACACGGUCGUCACUUCCGUCAGUCGUUCCUUCUCCUAUUGCGAUAUUUCAAGGGUCAUUCCUUCCCUUAAUAGUUGGCCGAUCCUUUCAUUAUGAAGGAAGGAACGACCCUUGAGAUAUAUUUAAUAGAGGAAGGAACGACCCUGUCAAAAAGGGAAGGACGAACAACCAAGGAGGGAAAGAACGACCCGUGUGUAGCUGUAUUUUAUAUUUUUUCGUUCUUUCCUUAUGUGGAUGAGAAGGGUGGGUUUUAUAUUAGAUGUCUCUCCAACCUCUAGGGGAUGAUGGGCUUGGUACGGAUGACAUUGGGUAUGUGCGUAGGUCAGGUUAUGGGACUUGAAGCUUGCGCUGGAACUUAAGAUGGAUGCGAGGCGGGGGUAAUGCGGGGGGGAUACGGAUCUAAGAGGAGGGCAAUACGGAUGCAAGUUGGAGGAAAGACGGAUGCGAGUUGGAGGCAAGACGGGGAUGCAAGAUGGAGGCAAGGCGGAUCCAAGACGGAUCUAAAGCGAGGGCAAUACGGAUCCAAGACGGAGGCAAUACGGAUCCAAGACAGAUGCAAAUACGGAGGGAGGCAAGACGGAGGUAAUACGGAUGGCAUCGUGAAUUUGCGCAUAAUGGGCUAUUAAAACAGGAAUCUGCGCAAAACCGAAUGCAUGUCGAAUUCAUUCCGAAUGUAUUAGCUAACGCAGGCCUAAUAUGCGUAGAACAGGCUGUGAAAAUGGGAAUCUUGCAUCAACACGGAUCCGACACAGGUCCGACACAGAUAGCAUCGUGGAUUUGCGCAAAAGGAGUUAUAGAAUCUAGAAUCUGCGCUAAAGCUAUUGUAUGCUUAAUGUAUUAGGAAUGCAUUCGUUAAUAUAGAUAGACCUAACGUGCGUCGAGC